GCUGGUGUAUUGCCUUAAACCACUAGUACCUUUGCCGCAUGGGAAAGUAGCGGACCUCGGGUAGGCGUCCGACCUUUUCAGAGGCCGAAAUGAAAUGACGGCAGCCGAUCAGGUUGCGGAGCUGGAGCAGGAAUUGCACAUCGAGUAUCGGCGACGAGAAACAGCAGAAAUUUUGCUGUCAGAGUUCAGGCGACGAGUCCGCGCAGAAUCGCAAUUGGGAUGCACAUGUCGGGGCAACCGCCGCGAUAAUGCCGCUAGCGCAAACGGUAUUGGGGACAAGGGUAAACGUCUUGCAAAUGGGCAUGUUGCGGCCGCCGAUUCCCCGAAGGUGAGCCCGAGGGGGGAGUCCAGAGGGUUGAAGUCUCAGAUAAGGGACCCCGGAGGGAGGAGUCAGAAUGGGAGGGCAGAUGCGCUAGAGGGAGGCGGACGACAGAUUGUUGCAGCAGGAACCAGCGUUGCGGAGAUGGAGGGGCCAUCCGUGACAAAGAAAGGUGGAGAGGCAGUGCUGCAAACACAGAUGGCAGCGAGAGGAAAAGGAGACAGUAACAAUGGAGGAGGCGAACAUGAACUUAAUCUAGGAUUACAAACAGAGGCCACUUCAUGGGAAACAAUAGCAGCAGUUUUGAAGCUGAGCACUGAGAGAAGGUUGAAUGUAGGUUGUCGGAUGAAGGAAAUGUGGCAGCAACUUGGAAAGGAAAUGGGGUCAUUGGCAGAGGUCUGGGCUGAGGAGGAGGAUGUUCUGAUGAAGAAUAUGGCUUGGCUGGCACAGUCCCUGCAGAGGGCACAAGAAGACCUUCAUCAGGCGCAUGACCGUACAGCAGCGCUGAUUGCGGUCAAUGAAUGGCAAGCGGAGCAGCUUCGCAGUAUUCACCAGCAGAAAUUAGACACAUGGUGUCAUGGUUUAGGCGAUAACCACCCUGUGCCGAAAACGGUUGGCACGUCUGUACUGGGCCUCACGGAUAAUGAGAGGGGUAGGUUGCGUGCAAUUUUGGACAGCGGUCAAGGGGAAAGCACGGACAGCAUGCCACCGAGAAAAAGUCUUGAAGAGGACGAGGAAGGAGGAGGAGGAAGCGACAGGAAUUUGGAGACGGCCAAGAUGAAAGAGUCGCCCAAAGACCCACCCUUGACUUCCAGUUUGGGGGAUGCCAAAGGCUCCGUUGGGCAGGGUGCGAAUGCAGAACGCUCCACCAGUCCACGUAUCUUGGAUGCUCAUAUCCGAGUAUUAGCAGCACUUGCCAUCGCUGAGAAGGGAGGACUGGAGUCUCCAGCUCGUAUUGCUCUAGCGGAGUGGGGAAACAGUCUUGUGAAUAAGACUGCGCCCCUUACGGAGAGAGAACAGGGAAAGUCUGACAUUCCCAGUCAGAUUGAAAUGGGAAAAGGCAAGUCAGAGAACAUUGAUCCUGGGAAGAAGAAAUCUACAGAGAGAGAGGGUUCGCGGGAAAGUCGCCAUGUUGUUUUAGCAAACGAGGUGUGUGACGAAGUUCUAGAGAGAGUGUCCCGGGCGACGAUGGCGUCUGCAGAGGAUGUCAAAGAUUUACCCUCGCCCAGAGAUCCUACCUCUGUUGCAGAGAGGUUUUCCCAUAACAGCCAGGCAGGUGACAGUCCUGAAGCUCUUCGGAAAGAAGGGAGUCAGAACUCGGACGGAGGUAAUGGCAGUCAGUUAUGCGGCACUGAAGAGCAGCAGCAAGAGAGCUUGAUCCUUGAGCGAGACCUCACAGGUUGUCAGGAAUCUGAGAAACGGCUAGCGCAGACUGACUUCCGUCGCCGGCCAAAAAGCCUGGAAAUCCCUCAGGGAAGGAACUCAUCCCCCCCUGCUCUGGCACUGGCCUCAGCAGGAUCUGGUACAUCUUCCCAGUCAGUGAGCUUGCCAGGGGGAGGAGGUGGUAGUGGUGCCGGUUCAGCAGAUGUGAAUGGCAGAUUGAACGGGAGAGGAGGAACGGAUGGGACGACGUCUUCAGAGAUGGAUUGUUCUGCUGACCAACGCACAGAGGUUGUGCUGAGGGCUCUUUCCGCUCUUCAGAAGGAACUGAGGCAAGCGCUUGCGCAGGAUGCUGUGAGGCAACAAACAGGAGGGCCCAGCAGCAGUGUAGCAGGCAACAACUCAGCCACGGGGUUGCAGCAACAGCCCUCACUUGUCUGGAGCAUAUCCGACGGACAACAACUGUACUACACAUCAUUCCCACCAAGUCCGUCAUCAACAUCAACGGACUCGAGGGACACAUCUCGACCUGGGAUGAGUUCAUAUUGUGGUGGAACAGACUCCCAAACUUCGUCUCUGACAGGACCAUACCUUUUGUCAACACCAUUGCAACAAACCGCAAGUCGUGCUAUUUCUAAGGGCGAGAUGGCGAUGCCACCCGGUCUGGACCCAUUUGCAUACAGCAGCCCCUGGUCUGUUGAAUCAGAUCCUAUUAUGGUUCAGUGCCAGUUCGAUCAACAGUUUCAGUCUGCAGGAGGAGGAGUGGGGGAGGAGGAGGAGGAAAAGGAGGAGGAGGAGAAGGAGCAGGAGCCAAAAGGGUGUAUCUACAGGCCAUGUGGCAUUGUCAAGGAGGGGGGAAAUCAGCAGGAUACGGAGGUGAGGAAUGGGAAAGAGAUGGAGACGAGGGAAAUUGAAGCCAGUAUGACAAGGUACAGCACGCUGCAGAAUGAAAUGGAACAUCGAUGCGGUGCAGAUGUCGAUGUCGAGGAGGAGCCGAACUUGUCUGAGAGCAUAAAGUCGAUACAACAGUGUAACAUGCUGCAGAAGGGUAGUACUGAUUGUAGACAGAGUUCGAGGACGAGCCCAAGUCGUCAAGGAUUGAGAAACACAGCAGGUCGGAGGUGACUGCAUUUGCCUGGUUGCCAUGGGAUAGGAUAUACUGGCCAUGCAGCAAAUGAUGCAAGAGAGAGGAGCAACAGUUGUGAGCUGAUGGUGGAAAGGGCAACGGUAUAUAUGUAUGUAUGCUGGCCAUGCGUAUAUGUAUCUAUGUUUUUUUUUUUUUUUUUUUUUUUUUUUUUGUUCGAAAACACCAGUUGGCCCUGCUAGUGAUGGUGAAACGAACACCCACCACCAGCAGGCCAUCUGUUGGCUCCGAUUUUUUGGUGGGGGGGAGCAACACCUCCAGCGUCCCUUACACAGGGUCAUAUACAAAAGAUGAGGAGAAUAAUGCAGAUCUGGACGUAUACUUUACUUGCCUGUGACCAGCUUCCUCAGCCCGCUAGUGGCUGCCCAAUUCCUCAGUGCCGAUGCUGCUGGGUAAUCUUUAUUCUUUUUUUUACCUGUCCCCUGCUGUCGUGUUAACAACUUCCGCCACCUCUCCAACCAGCUGGUCGCCUGAUGAUCUGCAUUCUGCGAACCUGCUUAAACUACUCCAUGCCACUGUAAAUCCACCAUGGGGAGACGAUGGGGGUUAAAGAGAUCGGUGAACUCCGAGGGAGGGCGCAAUGGAACUACUGCUGGAUCAUGUACUUUCGGCUUUUGAAGAAACUGAGGAGCAGAGGUCGCAAUGCUGGCUAUGUGAAGUUUGGACUCACGUGGCAUGAUGCUUUGGAACAGCGCUGCGUUGGCACCUGGAGUAUUAUGAUCGAUAUCGUGCACAGAUGUAACACAGCAAAAGCUUCGCGUCUGCAAACGGCUGUCAUUCAUAGCGGUCAAACGGGGCAAACUUUUGGCUUCUGAAGAAAUUGAUAAGCAGAGGCUGCCACAGUGGCUAUGUGAGGUUUGGACUGACGUGGCAUGAUGCUUUGGUACAGGCCAGCAUUGAAACCUGUGGUGAUAUUAUGAUCGAUAUUGUGCACAGCUGUAAUUAACACAGCAAGCUUCGGGUUCGCAAACGGCCGUCGUUCAUAGCGGUCAAACGAGGUGAACUGGAGUCGUGGUCUCUGCAGACGGUUGUGCAUAUGGGUAAGCAAAUAGCCGGUCGUAAGCAACUGCUGCUUCCGAUUCCGAACUGCCUUGAAAGAUGACCAGGCUUGUAGAUUCUCUGGCCCAUAACGUGCAGCCUUCAUUGUGUUGUCUCAUCACUGACAGCGAUACCAACAAUCGAAGAAUGGGGACAUCUGUGUAAAUCGGCAUCCUGAUGGCACCUGCACGAGGGUCACACACAUAGAUCGAGAGAUGGUCGAAGGAAGAAGAACGGGCAAAUGGCAGCUGGGAGUAUUUGCAAAGCAGAAAGCUACAGAGAGGAUUGUGCUUGAGACGAGCCGGGGCUGAUUUCUUGAAAUCUUCGCCUUGUAUCACUCUCAAAGGUUGAGAGUCAGCGAUGUGACAAUGGGUCUUGUCGGAGGUGUCGGUUUUUCGUGAUGAUGGCAUUUGUCCGACACGACAAGCCGUACGUACUGUAUUAACUUGGUCCCAUGUGCAUCCAUGGUUAUGGAAAACCCUCGGAGGAAGGAACUCUGUGGAGAGGCAUUCGUCAAGUAUGGAAGUAAUAAGAAGGUACUCUCUCUCUCUCUCUCUCUCUCUCUCUCUCUCUCUCUCUCUCUCUCUCUCUCUCUCUCUCUCUCUCUCUCUCUCUCUCUCUCUCUCUUUCUCUCUCUGUGUCUGUUUGUCUGUCUGUCUGUCUGAUAGCAUUCUUCCAAGUC